CGCGAAUGACGUCAUGAAAGUGGAAUUCUACUUGUCAUGAUUCCAGCCCUGGAUUCCCUACAGGGCCUUUAUUGUCGAAACAGGAUAUAAGCGUUCUGUCUUAGUUGCCCAUAUUUCUAUUUCCAUAACACUGACAAAGAUAGAGCAAUCGUUCUUUCUCGUGAGAACGCUGUUCCUCGGUUUCAAGAAUAGGCAUCCUGGUAUACAACGUUGCCGUCUCUUUCAAAAUUUAAUUUUCCUUUUUUUUAUAUCUACGAGUUUUUUUUUAUUCGUUUUUAUCGGUCCCUUUAGAAUCUGGUUGUGUGGGGGCCCCUCAGCACUGGGCGCCCGACGCAGAGUGCGUCGUUUGCUUCAUGCUAGAUCCGCCAGUGUAUUGUUGACAUGGUUACGCAGGCACACCGCAGCCACAUCAAAAAAUUAUGGUGUGACCGGUGCGACACCUGGAGCGCGCCCGAAGUACUUUCUGAACGGAACAGAGUGCGCGCACUCGGUGUGUCUAUAGCAUUUAUGAACGGCUAGUAGUGCGUCACACCGGUGUCUGAACUCGCCCCAGUGAUGAAGUAGUAGCAUGAGCAUGUCAGUUGUCGUUUCCCGCCGUGACAUCUCGUUUGCAUCUUCCUCUUUGCCUAUUAUGUUAAUCAAAAUUAAAUAAUUUUCACCAUAAAUUAAAAUUCUACGACCACUGACGACUGACGCAAACAGCUGACGACUUGGUUAAUGACGUCGGCAAUGGUGUCACACCAAUAUGGCCGCGAUUACCAAAAACGAGGUCGAUAAGCAAUCCUUAGUAGUGUGUAUUAUCCUUGCCACGCCACAGAACCAGAAGCCAAACAAAGGGCACAUUCAGAUUGAACUUCGGGCGUUCCGAGCGUGUUCUGGCCGUUCAGAUUACUUUGUGUAAAAAAUCGGGUACGCUCUUGGAUUUGAACGCGCCCGCGAGAAAACGGUUGACAUUUGUUAGUGACAUUUGACUGACAUGUUAAUUGUCAACAAAAUCAAAACAAAAGGAAUAACGGUAAUUGUUGUAAAUUGUACUCUGUCCCGGCUUGUUUUUUAUGCGCUUUUUUUCACCGUAUGUAUUUCUUGAAUUACCCGGGCCGAUAUAAGUUAUUUUUUAACGUUCGCUAAUUAGUUCAACUCAUUCCAAUCAAUUAUAGAUUAGAAAAAUUAAAUAUCCAAAUCUCAAAUGACCGGUACUAUUUUUAAUUAUGGCGCCUAAAUUUCGGCCAAUGAAGUGCUCGAAUUUUGACUUGUCGGCCAAGAAAAGUCAAUUUUAAAAUGUCAGAAAUGGUCGAAAUGAAUUCGAAAACUUUGUUGUUUUGUGAAAUGUAAUGCGUUUCUUCAGUAACUGAAUAAAAGUGCCCUCGAAAAGCUUUAAAAUGUUCAUGAACGAUGUAAAUAGAAAAGAGGAAAUACGUAACAUAGCCAUACAACAUUUGAAGCAAUAUGGAAUUAAAUACAGAUCGAAAAAAAGCAGGGUCCCUGUUCAACAGGUCUCAAGACAUGGAAAGAAAUUCUUCAAAGUGCCAUUGGUGAAUCUAGAAACCGAAACUGUAACUCUGACCAAUGGUCAGCAGCUUAUCAUACCAAAACGAGUACACGAAAUAUGUUCCUAUGUUUUGACCAAAGUGCAAACGGAAGGUAUUUUUAGAAGGGAAGGAUUGAAAUCUAGACAAAACGAAAUUAAGUCGUCUUUGGAUAGAGGUUGUCCCCUAGGUGAUGGACAUAAUGUUAUAGAUGUGGCAGUGGUAUUAAAAAGCUUUUUAAGAGAAUUGCCAGAACCUCUUAUUCCACAUGCUUACAAUGAUCUGUUUUUAAUGUGUAGUCUUAGCAAAAAAACUCCUAAAGAAAUCCUGGAGUGUAUACUAUUAGCUUGUCUUUUAUUGCCCAGUGAAAAUUUAAAUGUUUUGUCUUAUUUAAUGCAGUUCUUUUAUGAAGUGGCGAGUUUCUCUGUCUAUAACAAAAUGAGUUUUAGUAAUUUGUCAAUUUUGGUUGGGCCAAAUAUCUUUCCAAUGGACGAUAAAUUGGCACCAAAGUCAUCAUUAACAAUUACAAGAAUAUGUGAUAUAACUAAGUUGUUAAUAGAAAAUUCUAGAAGCAUUGGCUUUAUACCUGAUAAUAUUAUCCAACAAAUUGGACAACUAUCGGAUGAAAAUGAAAAAAGGAGAAAAACUAAAAGGAGAAGUGGUUCGUUAACAAGGAUGUUGAAUGGCCUUAAAAAAAUUGUCAGCAGCAAAACCGAGGAAGAGGUAACAUCAUAUGCAGUCACCCCAGAUUUAUUAUUAACCCCAACAAUUCAACCCUCCAUUAAAAAACGUUUAAAGUCUGAAAGCGGCUUAUCCGUAAAGAAAAAAAAAGACAUUUCAACAAAGUUGCCGGAUUGUGCUCUACUAAACACACCAUUUACGCCAAGCAGAACUCCAAUUAGUGUAAAUCCCAAUGGAAAAAAACCUCAAGAUCAAGACAAUACCUCGGAUAAAGAAAAAAAAAUGCACUGGUACAUGCGCAGCCGUAGCAUGAAGAGCUUAAAAGAAGAAGAUUCCAUUACUUCCAGUAGUACCACCACAACUGAUACUAGAGGAAAUAGCUCGGCGCCAAAAUCUCUUUUGGAACGACGCUGGUCAGCUGUUAGUAAUGUAGCUAACUUUAGGAAGAAAAAAAGAAUUUCUUGCGCUGCUACAAAAAAAGAGCUAGCGAUGGCAACUAGAAACAAUAAGCCAGAAGAUGCUGAUUACGUACGGGUACCUAAAAUUGAAUAUGAGGAUUUUAAAAGUAGAGUCACCGCAAUAGAGCGUAGAAUUUCUAUGGAGCUUGACAGCGUCCAAAAUCACAUGGACAAUGACAAUAACGUUAACAAGGAAAUUGCACAUGAAAAAGAUAACAACAUUCAAAACGUGCAAACAGCUUAUCAAAUGACUCUAGAAACUAGUUCUCUAAGCCCGACCACAGAUCAAUUAGCCAAAAGAUUAAGCAGAGAUUUGAGAAUUAGACGAAGCAGCGAACAAAAAAUCAUCAGAUCACCUAGUGCAAGGAAAAUAGGAACCAUUCGAAGACGUUCAACCGAAAGAGAAAAAAAGAACUCGCAAAUUAACAGGAAUCAGUCUUGGCAUCUUGGAACUUCAACUGCCCCGUUGUUGCCCAGAGUUAGCACGAGACGCAAAAGGCCUUUAAAUAAAGAUGAGGCUAUUAUAAGUCAAAUGAAUUUGCAACCAGAAGUAACACCCCCUAGAAAACUUCCUACUAAUAAUGAAACCAAUUUGCAAAGAUCUGUAUCGUUUCCAAAAUCCAAUAAAAGAAAAACUCUCAACACUUUAUCCAGAAUUGAUUGUACUUUCAACUUGGCCAAGGCCAAUAUUCACCAGUCCAGUCCCACAAUCGACUCAAUGGCGUCUCGCAGUAGCCAUUGUCACACAUCGGGCGAAUCCAGUGAGCAUUGGGUGAGUGCCGAAAAUUUCUUUGCAGGCUGCAAAACGCCUCUAGAAGAAGAAGUGUCAGUGAAUGCUAGAGCUUCUAUUGCGAAACUUAGAAGUCAGAAUGUUGGGAUGGUUCUUGCUAAGGCCAGACUGUUCGAUAACUUAAAAGACUCCGACACUUCUUGUUCAUCAAAUCGCUCUCAACCAUCUUCAGCCAAAAAAACUCCAAAAUCUGCCAAAAAUACUUCAUUAACUCCAAGAUCGAGCAAUUCAGCAAGGAUGUCAUAUAGAAUCAAAGCUCUAAGAGCUGAAAAACGAAGCAACAAAAAAUCUUCAAGCCAUUCACCGAGGCGCAAGCAAGCGAUUCAAAAACAACGUUUGCAAAAUAUCGGCAGACAGCUUGUGAGGUCCAACAAUUUCAGUGAUUCUUCAAUGGAAAUCUCCGACUCAAAUACUCCAUGUAGAAACAUUAGGAUGUCGCCAAAAAAAACUACACAUGUCAACGUGCCAUAUAUCAAAAUGCCGUUAGUAGUUAAGACACCUAAAAGACUUUGUAGGACACCGGGGGUUGAUAAGAAGACUCCUUUUAGGGUAAUGGCAACACCGCUGUGAAUCUUGACUGAAAAUUAUAUUUUUGCUCAACAAUAUAAUAAUAAUAUGUAAUAAUAAUAAUAAUCCUUUAUUUACUACCUGGCAAUUAGUUUUAUCAAUAUUAAACUUUACAAGAAUACACUAUAUAACUUAGUGCAACAUUGUUCUCAAUAUUAGUCUCUCUACUGUGUAUAUUGCUCAAAAAAAAAAUUGUGAUCACUUUCCAUACAAGUAUAGUAGUAGAAGGUAUACAGAACCCCUGGAACAUAUAAAAAAAUUAGUGAUGGAAGAGAGAAAGGUUAUUAUGAUGUCAUCUAAGAGAUGUGCAAACUUCUCCUCUCAGCAUUCUAUAUUUUAUGAUAAUAAUUUUUCUGGUAAUAGUUGUCUAUGAGUGUAUCACUUAUGCUUGUUCUUUUGAGAGUUGGCAAUCUUACUUUUUUCUUAAGUUUUUAAAGUACCUACCUACAAUAACGUCCUCUCUAUGUCGAUGAAGAUUUCAAUAAUUCUGUUUUUCUUGUUCCAAUCUGAGAGGGAAUAAAUAUACUGUAUACCGCUAAUUUGAAUAGUGAGAACAAACACACAAUAAAAUGAGAUGUUUUUGUUUAGGUAUUUAAUGUUUUAUUCCCGAUUUUUUUCGAUAUCUUUAGCAAUGUAUUUUUCUUUUGUGCUCAUUGUCAGAGAUGUGCUUGUGUUCAUUAUAUAGGUACAUUAUAAGAUUUGUUUGUCAUUUUUAUGUAUUUACUCUUGUAUUGAUUAUUAAAAAUACACAUUUUAUAGGACAUUCAAAGCAUUUUUAUUAUUAGUGUAUGUUUUUUUUUGUAUAGAGGAAUUUUUUAUUUAAGAGUACAUUGAUUAUUAAAUAUUAAUAA